CUCACUGAUACAGACACACACACAGACAGUCAGAGUCACAGUCACACCCACGACACACGCACCUCUUAAAAACUUGCCUCUCUUGUCCAUCAGCGACAAAUAGCUCGUGCAUCUUUCGUACCACAAGGGGCCGUCUCAGGCACGCGCACACGCACAUGCUUCAUUCGCCAGGCCACACACGCGCCCGCCCGCCCAGCCGUUUGUACGGAGGCCUGGGUUGCUUACUUACCAUUUGGCCAUGACGUCGCUGAUCUUGAUGAAGACGUACUUGUCGUCCCCGAACUGGAUGUUCUUGUCCUCGCUCGCAAACUCGCUGAACCGGAUGUUGUCCCCCGACGUCACGUCAAUGGGCAGCCGCUUGCCGUUCAUGUCGUAGCCGCCCUCACCUACACUUAUCACCUGCGCCCCCACGUACCAAGCCAAGAGAGGUUGGAUCACACUCACGUGCAACGUGCGGCUUCCCUUCCUCUUGCGUCACUCCCCCACUCCCCCACCCUCACGCACCUUUCCGUUGAUGGGUUCGCUUUCCUUUGUGCCCAUUGGGGAGAGAAUGACACCCCCCGCGCUCUUGGUCUCUGGCUCCAGCAGCUUGACCAACAGACUGACCGUGCACACAGCACAGACACAUACACAUACAUACCGUGCAGUACAUGGAUACACAGACACGUGCAGGUGCAGGCCAUAUGUCUGUCCAUCCGUCCGGUGCACACAACAGAUCCGGACCAGUCUCUGAGCGGUGCGAUGUUGGUAGGCGUGGGUCUGCCGGUCUCUGCCCCUUCGCCGCUGAGCUUGGCCACGAUGUUGUCCGAGUCUAUCAGCACAUGGUCGCUCCCGUUGUAGUCGAUCUGAUGCAAGUAUGUAAGGUAACCCAAAGUGGAAUGGGUUGUCAAGUCGAAUGGCUUGUCACAGGUCGUUAGGUGCACUGUGCCGUGCCAGCCUCCCUCACAUUCUGUCCGUCGUAUUGUCCGAACAGCACCCAGUCACCCUCAGUCACGUCAGUGGGCAGACGAACUCUGACACACAUCCAAUCCACCCACAACAGGUCCACAGACAGACAGAGGUACACAUCAGUGCGUGUGCAGGUCGCCGCCAACUCGUGUCAGACUGCCCACCCUGUUUGUGGAUGCAGCGCUCCCGGCCCACUGGCAACCACCUGUCCGAUGGUCUGCUUCUCCUGGCUCUGAAUUAACGAAUGAUCGAUCAAUAAGUCAACCAAACAGACACAAAUCAACUGUGUGCACUAACGCGUGACCGAGAUGCACGCCUUCUGACCUCAGUUGGUAUGAGCAGUCCGCCCUCGGUCUUUUCGAUGGGUUCCUUCCUCCUCACCAACAGAACACCACCCACCGGACGCAGAGGACCUGAAUGAAUCAAAUGCACACAUUCACAUCACACAACAUCUGUGUGCGCGUGGACACGGGUCAGGUCAGAUCUAUCAGAUGUCGACACGGACAGAGCAGCGUGUUCGGUAGUGCCGACCUUCUAUUGGCCUCCCAUUGAGUGUGUACUCGCUCUCUGCGUGCAGCCGAGUGUGUGGGCGGGAGGAAGGGCGGGCACACGAGCCAAAUGGCGAUGGAGCAACCAGAUAUCCCUGCGGACACAGACAGAUCAGCGCACCUCCACACAACCACAGAUCGGAUGAAUGUGUGUGCACCCACCAUCUGUGCGUCAGGCCACCGCAUGUGUCGCGCGUCCGCCCUCAGGAUGGAUCCCGCCACCAGCAGCGCAGCACCCAUCAGCCUCCAAUUACAUCGACCCCUUCUCGUGCAGCAGUCCAUGAAUUGUGUCAGGUUUGCCAGCUUGGCAAGAC